AUGUGCCGCUGCAGGUACGUGUCGCUGUACCCGUCCCACUGCUCCGUGUUCAGCCACUGCCGCUGGUCGCCCUUGAUGCGGGGCAGCGGGUCGACGCUCUCCGGCUGGACGAUGUGCGGGUUGUGCAGGCAUCGGUGGAACUGGUCGCUGGCCUGCCGCCGCCGCGCGGUGCGGAGAGGGCUGCACCAGAACUGCGACGCUGAGGCAGCGGCGGCGAUGGAGGUGCGCAUGCGGGGCCGCAGGCAUUCGGCACGCAGGUCCACCGGCAUUAGUUUCCUUCGUACCCCAGAAGCCCUUCUGCACUGGUGGACUCAAACACAACGCUGCUCACGCUCGCAAAAGGGAGGCUGA